AUGUCACAAUCACAACCCCUACCUUCCGCCCUCCUCGUAAGCCCUUUCUCCCUCUCUCCAUCCCUCAUCUCUCCAUCCCUCAUCCCUCCACCAGAAGCUAACUCUGCGCAAAACCAGACUCUCCUCCUUCCCUUCUCCAUCGCUUUGUCGCUCUACCUCAGUAUCUCCUACCUCAUCCUCCCCUUCUGGCGCUCCCAAUCCCAAAACCUUCCCAUCGAUACUGUAUCCGAUCUCGCGCGACGAGCAAAAGACAACGUCAAACAAGGAGUCUGGAAUCUUGCGAAGAGGUUCCGGAAGCAAGAGGAAUGGGAUGAAGAUGCAGGAGAAGAAGAUGAAGAGUCGGGGAUGUUGAAUUAUGAGGAGGAUAGAGGUAGAUUGUGGAGGGGAACGGUGGCGCCACCGAGGGAAGACGAGGAUUGA